AUGAGUAAAGGAUCGAAUUCGCGCCUUUCCGACCCGAAUGAGACGGCCUACAAUUGCGGGAAAUGCCACCGGCCGGACGAAGAUGAGAGCCAGAUGGUAUUCUGCGACAACUGCCAGGUGUGGUUCCAUUUCGGCUGCCAAGGAGUGACGUCAGCAGUACAGGAAGACAACGAUUGGGUUUGUAACGACUGCGUUGGUGACUCAAACGGAGCGACUGCCAUCGGGGCCGAGGAGAAUGAGUUGCUGGAAGCAGAAAGGGAGAUAGCUCGCGAGCGAGAGCGUCUUGCUGCUUUGAUAGAGAGGAAGAAAAGGGUGGCAAGUAUGAAACUAGAGUUAAAGAAAGAAAAGAGGGAAGCGAUGUGGCAGUUAGAGAAGCAGGAAUUAGAAGCAAAGGCUGUAGCUGAGGAAGAAUUCAAUAAGAAAAAGAAAACAGAACAGUCAAAGAUUCAGCGCAGAAUAGAUAAGGCUUUAGCGGAGCGUGUUCAGUUAGAGAAGGAACAAAGUACGAUACGAUUCUGUAGGAAGACAUCAACUCCGACAGUAGGCUUAGGUAAUGCCCAAGAAAAUGUAAGGUCAUCGAAAGUCAACGCGGAUGCAACUCGCGCGGGAAAUGUUCAUACUAGCGAAUCGGCGUCGAAUAGUGAAAGUGAUAGUGGUGAUGAUGCCAGUGCUAACGGUGACGAAGUGGAAGUGGUUCCAACCAAAGCCCAGCUGUCUGCGCGUCAGUUUUUGGCUCGACGGUUGCCGACGUUCACCGGGAAAGCGGAAGAGUGGUCGAUCUUCAUCACAAGCUAUGAGGCGUCGACGAAAGCGUGUGGUUUCUCCAACCUAGAAAACCUAGUACGGCUGCAGGAGUGCUUGAAGGGAGCUGCACUGGAAGCGGUAGGAUCGCGACUUCUAUUGCCGCAGUUUGUUCCCAAGGUGAUUCAGGAGCUGAGAGAACAGUUUGGCCAACCUGAACAAAUUUUGGAGACGUUGUUGGUGAAGGUGAGAUCCGCGGACGCACCGAAGACGGAGAAGCCGGCGUCGUACAUUACGUUCGGUCGAUUGGUCCAGCAACUCUGCGACCACAUGGAAGCAACACGCCUGGAAGAACAUCUGAUCAACCCGUUACUGAUAAGUGAGUUGGCGAAGAAGCUUCCACCGAGUACAAAGAUGGAUUGGAUUCGAUACAAGCGCGGGCAGUUAGGCGACGGGAAGAGAGUUACAUUACGUACCAUGGCAGAUUUUCUUGCGGAGAUAGUCUCUGUAGCUACGGAGGCGAUAAAUCUGGUGGACGGGCAACCCAGUAGUAGUCGUGUGUGCAAUCCGGAGCGGAAUCGAGAGCGAAGCAAGGUGAAGCAACAAGGAGCGUUUGUGAACGUUCAUAAUGAAGACGAACGGACCGUUCGAGAUACCGAGCCCCAGAAGCGAAUUCCAUGUGUGAAAUGUGGCGAGACAAAUCACAGGUUGCGUAAUUGCGAGGAUUUUUUGAAGCUUGAUCCAGCACAGCGGUUGAAGGCGGUAGAGAGAUGGCAGCUUUGCAAAAGCUGUCUAAAUGCACACGGAGACUCCAAGUGUAAAAUGAAUAUUCGCUGUAAGGUGGCGAAUUGCAACGCAACGCAUAACACCUUGUUGCAUCAACUAUACGCACAUUCGUCAUGUAACAUGCACAGUAGCAUAGUACAGACGUCGGUGAUCUUUCGUGUUGUCCCAGUGAUGGUGUAUAAUGGUUCCAAGGCGGUGAAGAUAUUGGCGUUCUUGGAUGAAGGCUCAUCGUAUACGUUGAUCGAAGAUUCGGUCGCGGAAGAGCUUGGUUGCGAUGGAAUCGUGCAACCAUUGCGCGUGUCAUGGACUUCCGGAAUGACAAGACUAGAGCGGGAGUCGAAGAUAAUUGAUUUGGCGUUAUCGAGCUUGGAUUCAACCCAGAAAACCGUAGUGAGGAGUGCGCACACUGUUAGAGAGCUGGGAUUACCGAAGCAGACGAUGCGGUUUGCUGAAUUUGCAAUGCAGUACCAGCACCUUCGUGGCCUGAAGGUGGCAGAUUACCCUAUGGAGACGCCACGUAUUCUAAUUGGGUUAAAGCAUCUGCACCUGUUUGCACCUUUAGAGUCACGGGUUGGUAAUCCAGGGGAACCAAUUGCGGUUAGGUCGGCGCUAGGAUGGACGGUGUAUGGCCCACAAGAGAAGUCGCAGCAGAAUUCCACAUUCGUUGGGCACCACACAUGUGCUAGUGUGUCAAAUGAAGAACUUUAUCGGAUUUUGAAGUCGCAUUACGUGGUGGAAGAUUCGGCAGUCAUGGUGGACGUAAUACCUGAGUCAGACGACGAUCGUAGAGCCAGGGAGAUACUUGAAGGAACAACAGUGCGCAUCGGUCAACGCUUUCAGUCCGGCUUACUGUGGAGGGAUGCAGAUAUCAAAUUUCCAGAUAGUUACGGAAUGGCAGAGAAGAGGAUGAAGAGUCUGGAGAAGCGGUUAGCAAGAAACCCGAUGCUGCAGCAGAAUGUACAGAGGCAAAUGGAGGAGUACAUAGAGAAGGGAUAUUGCCACAAAGCGACAAAGGAGGAGCUACAAACCACAGAGAGACAUAAGGCGUGGUAUCUACCGUUAAACAUCGUACUGAAUCCAAAAAAGCCAGGAAAAGUGCGUUUAGUCUGGGAUGCAGCGGCCGCUGUGCAAGGCGUUUCUUUGAAUUCCGCAUUGCUGAAGGGUCCGGAUCUGCUGGUUUCCCUGCCGUCAGUGAUAAGCCAGUUCCGUGAGCGAAGGAUAGGGUUCGGUGGCGACAUUCGCGAGAUGUUCCACCAAGUGAGAAUACGUCCUGAGGAUCGUCAAGCGCAGCGGUUUCUAUUUGGAGGAGAAGUGUACGUGAUGGACUGUGCCAUUUUUGGAGCAUCAUGCUCACCAAGUCAAGCAUUGUACGUUAUGCAAAAGAACGCGAAGGAGUUCACCAAGGAGUAUCCAAGAGCAGUAGAAGCAGUAGUGAAGAAGCAUUACGUCGACGACUAUUUCGACAGCGCAGAUACCGUAGAGGAAGCAGUCAAGCAAGCUGAAGACGUUAGAGAUAUCCACUCCCGUGGAGGAUUCCAAAUUAGAAACUGGGUUUCAAAUGCAGAAGAAGUACUGGUGAAGUUGGGAGAACGUCAAACAAGUCAGGAGAUUCACUUUCACCGCGAUAAAGAGACGGAGUUUGAGCGAGUACUGGGACUUGUGUGGAAUACCAGACAAGAUGUGUUCACGUUCUCAACGCAAAUCAGAGAAGACCUGCAGCCAUUCUUGAUCGGUGGCCAUCGGCCGACAAAACGGAUCGUGUUAAGUUGUGUGAUGAGCUUUUUUGAUCCCCUUGGAUUACUAGCCUUAUUCACAAUCCAUGGACGUAUUAUAGUUCAGGAUCUUUGGAGAAGCGGCUGCAAUUGGGAUGACACGAUCGACGAAGAGGCGAUGGCAAGGUGGAUUCGAUGGACGGCGUGUCUGAACGAUGUGGCAGCAGUUCGUAUUCCUCGAUAUUACUUCGGAAAUGGUGCUUUGCUGGAUUACGACUCACUUCAACUUCACAUUUUUGUGGAUGCGAGUGAGAACGCGUACGGGGCUGUUGGUUAUUUCCGAAUAUCGGCAGCUGGGGUUCCUCGUUGCUCGCUAGUUCAAGCCCGCUCCAAGGUUGCUCCAAUUAAGCCGCAUUCUAUCCCACGUAUGGAACUGAUGGCUGCGGUGUUAGGAGCUCGGCUUAAGGAUACAAUACUGACAAGUCACAAUCUACAGGUAAAAAGACUAUUCUUCUGGACUGACUCACGAACUGUACGGUCGUGGAUAACGUCUGAUGCACGAAAGUAUCGUCAGUUCGUCGCAUUCCGUAUUGGUGAUAUCGUCUCGCGAACAAAGGUCCCUGAUUGGAGGUGGAUACCGACGAAACUUAACGUCGCCGAUAAGCUGACGAAGUGGUCAAAAGAAUCGCUCCUACAGACGAGUACCGUAUGGCAAAGAGGACCAGCAUUCUUGUAUCGCCCCGAGAGCGAGUGGCCCAGUGACGCAGUAGUAGAACCGAACGUCCCAGAAGAGUUUCGAGCCGCUUGCUUGUUCCAUAGAACGGAAACGGAAUUCCAAUUCAUAAAUGUGUCCAGGAUCUCAAAGUGGAAUGUGAUAGUACGAACUGUAGCGUUAGUCAUACGGUUUGUGGCUAACCUACGCAGAAAAGUGCAGAAUCAGGCAAUACUAACGAUUCGAGCUCUGCGGAACUUUAAUUACCAACAUAAGGUGAAUGCGGUACGAAUGGGCCUGCAGAGAGAAGAGUUCCAGCGCGCGGAGGAGAUAUUGUGGCAACAAGCGCAAUGGGAAGCAUUCGCAGACGAAGUAUGUAUUUUGCGCCGUUUGCGGGAUAACAACGGUGAGUGCAACGCGAAGAUCGAGAAGCGAAGUCCUCUUUAUAAGCUUUCACCAAUCCUGGACGAUAAGGACGUAAUUCGUGUAGAUGGUCGAACAGCUCAAGCCGAGUUUCUUCCAUUUGAAAUGCGGUUUCCCAUAAUUCUGCCUAGGGGACACUUGAUAACAUCACGAGUGAUCGAGCAUUAUCAUCGGCAGUUGGGGCAUGGACAUCGAGAAGCCGUGGUAAAUGAGCUGAUGCAGAGAUUCUGUAUUCCAAAGAUUAGAGUUGAGGUGGUGAAGGUAAUGCGAAACUGCGUAUGGUGUAAGGUGUACAAAUGCCAUCCGGCCGUGCCAAAGAUGGCACCACUACCAGUGCAAAGGGUGACACCGUUCCUGCGACCCUUCACAUACACGGGUGUUGACUAUUUCGGUCCGAUUACAGUCACAGUCGGUCGGCGCAGCGAAAAGCGGUGGGUGGCUUUGUUCACUUGUUUCACGACCAGGGCAGUUCAUUUAGAGGUUGUUAAAAGUCUUUCUACGACAUCCUGUCUAAUGGCAAUUCGAAGGUUUGUGUGUCGACGAGGGAGUCCGCUAGAGUUUUUCUCGGACAAUGGCACUAACUUCGUUGGAGCGAGUAAGGAGUUGGAGAAGAUUGAGGAAGAGUGCAGUGAAAAUUUCACGAACGCGAGAACGAGGUGGAAUUUCAACCCUCCCGCAGCCCCACACAUGGGGGGAGUGUGGGAAAGAUUGGUCCGGUCGGUGAAGGAAGCUGUGUACGAGUUACAAGACGGUCGUUCACUGUCGGAUGAGGUUCUGGAGACUGUGUUGGCUGAAGCAGAAGGAAUUAUUAAUUCAAGACCUUUGACAUUCGUGUCGAAGGAAAACACGGACCCAGAAGCAUUAACUCCGAACCAUUUUUUGCUUGGGUAUCCAUCGUGCGAAAGAGACGGAAGGCUACCCCAAGGGAAUGAAGCUGCAGCGUUGCGAAAUCAAUACGAGAGAUCUCAAGUGCUUGCUGAUAAGCUGUGGAAACGCUGGGUGAAGGAGUAUUUGCCAACGAUAAACUUAAGAGCAAAGUGGAGAGAAGAGCAAGGUUUAGUACACGUAGGUGAUCUGGUGUAUAUGGCAGAUGAGGCGAACAGAAGAAGCUGGAUCCGGGGAAUAGUGGAAGAAAUUUUCAAAGGAGCUGAUGGUAGAGUCCGUCAAGUGGUAGUUCGAGCCGGCGGAAAGUUGUAUAGGCGAGCCGUGGCAAAAAUUGCAGUGCCUGAGAUAGGAGACGGAACAUCUGUCUACGUUUAA